AAAUUAUUUUAUAUAAUUUAUAUUUUCAUGAUAAAUAUUAGAUAAAUAAUUCUUGAUUAAUUGACACAUGUUGGAUUCAUGACAGCUUAUAGAGUAGGUUAGACCAUAUUUGGAUAAGGAUGGUACCGGUUGCCAAAUUUAGGGACCUGCAAUGACCACCUUGAAAGUUCAGAGACUGAAAUGACACCACCGGCCAAGUUUAGGGACAUAUGGUGAUUACCUUGAAAGUUCAGGGAUCUAGAUGACACCUUCUUCACUUUAGAAGUUUAGGGACCUAAAUAACACCGUCUGCCAAGUUCAGGGUCUGGCGGUGGAUUUUCCUCUUAAGUUUACAACAUGGUUUUGUUUUACAUCUGGUCAUUACAUAAUUUACAUUACAUCACAUCAUCUAGAGUACACUGGCAGAAGUCUUUUACGGAAACAACAUAAGUUUUAUACAAUGCAUGGGUGUGCCAUUUUCAUGCAUCAAAGUAUCACCACAUCCUUUACCACUCUUGAUCCUCGGAGGGCUCAGGUGUACAGUAUAGAAUAAUUUAUAGGCGGGGCCAAAGAUACCUGCAAAACUUAAAAAAAAUAUAGAGCCAGUACUCGUAUUCAACAGGACUUACCCAAUAUAAUAUAAGGAUUAUGUAUUUAGUACAUUACCAAGGAUUACGGUGAAUUUUGCAUAUAUGUAUUUUUUACAAAGGAUGAUAGCUAGCUUUCGGACUAACUUGUUAUUAUAGUUAUUUUGUAGAAAUUUUAUUAGACUAUUCACCCCCUCUAGCCAUUUAGGAUCUUUCAGGGACCGCAGGGGGGGGGGGGGUAUAACUUAAUUUCCACCGUCAUAUGCACUUAUGUUUGCAGGUUUCGCAAUGGCGAAAGGCCGCCAAUACAUGGAGUACAAAAGAGUCUUUGCCCUGUUGGGCCCGCAGGUUCGGAAAAAAGGAGAAAAAGGUGUGAAGACCAUUCGAGAAGAUAGGGCUGGUGGCUACUUAGGGAGGCGUUAUCUGCGAUUGACGCUGAUACCCAAACAAAGGACGGAAUAUACUUAGAAUAUGCUAUAGUUGUGAGGGGUAUUAUGGUCAAUAAAAACCUACGCGCGUGUAUAAAUAGUGGCCCCAAGGGGAUUGUAAGGAGAGGAGGAUGAAAACCAUAAUUCUUACGAUUAAUAGUUGACAUUUCUAGAAUCCUCAUUCCUUUCUUACUUGGUCACUAGUAUGCUCGCUUGAGUGUCAAUCUAAUGUUUGAAGGCUAAGGCUUAGAACAUCCUUGGCAACAAAAUCCUUCUUGGGCUAAUAUAUUUUUUACGGAUCUAGGAUUAAUCACCCAUAGCAGCUUGAGUCCCACAAACCUUCUCGAUGGCAAUGUUUAUCAAUCGCCUCAUUUUCUUUGUUGUAAGUUGGUGGUCAGACAUCCCAGAUCUACAAUCAAAUGAGAAUAAUGAAGCAUGUAGUGAGGCUUGCCCCCCAGGUGCAGCUACUAUUGUUCUUGUUGGUAGUUGGCACAUCAUGUAUGUCAACCACAACGAUGACGCUGCUGUUGAUUCUCCUCCUCACCGUUUGGAACUACCAAUAGGCGAAGCAGAGGAAGAUCCUCCCAUGGAGAUGACUGACAUGAAACCGGAGGAGAUGAGCCACCCUCCCAUGGACCAGCUGCUGGGAAUGGAGUACUGCAUAGACUCAAACCCAUCCUGGGGAGGGGCUGUUUUGCUGGGCUUCCAGCAUUUCAUCCUUUGUUUGGGGACGGCAGUGAUGAUCCCCACCUUGCUGGUUCCCCUCAUGGGAGGAAAUGCCCAUGACAAGGCAAAGGUGGUACAGACAAUGCUGCUUGUGACUGGGAUAAAUACAAUGCUCCAAACUCUGUUUGGAACUCGUCUGCCCACCGUCAUCGGUGGGUCUUAUGCAUUCCUAAUCCCGGUCAUAUCAAUAAUCAGUGACCCCUCACUGAUACAAAUUACUGAUGGUCAUACAAGGUUCAAAAUGACCAUGAGAGCCAUACAGGGGGCCCUGAUAAUAUCGUCCUGCAUUCAGAUAAUACUUGGCUACAGCCAAUUGUGGGGGGUAUGCUCCAGGUUCUUCAGCCCACUUGGGAUGGUUCCAGUUAUUGCAUUGGCGGGGCUUGGUCUUUUCGAGAGAGGAUUCCCAGUGAUUGGAACAUGUGUGGAGAUUGGUCUUCCAAUGCUUCUCCUGUUUGUGGCACUUUCCCAAUAUCUGAAGCACGUACAAGUGUGCCAUUUUCCGAUAUUGGAGAGGUUCUCAGUGCUCAUCUCCAUCGCACUUGUCUGGUUAUAUGCCCACAUCCUCACUGUGAGUGGGGCAUACAGACAUAGUUCGCAGGUCACCCAGCUCAACUGCCGAACUGACCUUGCCAACCUCAUCACAACCAUGCCAUGGUUUGGUGUUCCAUACCCACUGCAAUGGGGUCCCCCGACAUUCAGCGCAGAUCAUUCAUUUGGCAUGAUGGCUGCUGUGGUGGUGUCCUUGGUAGAGUCUACCGGAGCAUUUAAGGCUGCUGCCCGGUUGGCAAGUGCGACGCCCCCACCACCAUUUGUCCUGAGCAGGGGAAUUGGAUGGCAGGGAAUCGGGCUGCUAUUAGAUGGGCUAUUUGGUACUGCCAGCGGAUCUACUGUCUCUGUGGAGAACGUCGGUCUCCUAGGAUCAACCAGGAUUGGUAGCAGAAGAGUCAUUCAGAUCUCCGCUGGUUUCAUGAUCUUCUUCUCUAUCCUAGGGAAAUUUGGAGCGCUGUUCGCCUCAAUUCCAUUCACACUGUUUGCUGCUAUAUACUGUGUAUUGUUUGGCUAUGUCGGUGCUGUGGGGCUCUCCUUUAUGCAGUUCAUCAACAUGAACUCGAUGCGCAGCCUCUUCAUUAUCGGCAUGUCACUGUUCCUUGGCAUCUCCAUCCCGGAGUACUUCUUCCGGUUUACAAUGGGCAAUCAGCACGGACCGUCACACACCAGAGCUGGAUGGUUCAACGACCUCAUCAACACCAUCUUCUCCUCACCCCCGACUACCGGAUUCAUCAUUUCGGUGGUCCUAGACAACACACUGGAUGUGAGGAACAGAGCGAAGGACCGUGGGAUGCCUUGGUGGGCUAGGUUCAGGACAUUUCGCGGGGACAGCCGGAACGAGGAGUUCUACAACCUGCCGUUCAACCUCAACCGGUUCUUCCCACCAUCGUAAGAUGAGCUGGAUGACUGAUUGAGCAGUAGGCUUUUUAGUGCAAUUGAAGCCAACCGUAGAGCGAGUAAGCCACCAAAUAUCAUUGAUAAUUGUGGUUUGGCUUCCAAGAGAUUAGAGGAGAUUUAGGACUAGAGGUAGAACUAGAGCAAAGAAAUGCUGGGCACUUACCAACAAGAAAGCAAGGAUUUGUUGGCUGUGUUGGGAGGUCGAGGUUCCUGCAAAGAAAUGCUGGAGUGGAUGUACUCAUGUACAUGCUUCAGUUUGUUGUUGGAGAUGAGCAAUGAGAAUCAAUUACUUA